GUCUGCUUCGGUCUGUCCGCAAUUGGUCAUGCCUUUCAGAUCGUGAAGACUCGAACAUGGUACUUCAUCCCAUUCUUGUUCGGUUGUCUUGUCGAGAUCAUCAGUUAUGCUGCACGCGCGAUCAAUGCUACGGAGAGCCCCGAUUGGUCUAGAGGUCCAUACAUCAUCCAAGCUCUGCUGUUACUUCUUGGACCCCCCCUCCUAUGCAGCAUCGAUCUAUAUGAUCUUCGGACGAUUGAUUACGCUGCUUGAUGCCGAAAAACACUCGCUCAUUCGAGUCAAGUGGAUCACCAAGUUGUUCCUGCUUGGAGACAUCGUAUCGAUUGCUGGUCAAGCUAUUGGUGGCGGCUCACUUGCGAGCGCUGGUACAAUGUUUCUCACACCACCGAGACAAGCCACUACUUGCGCAAGUAAGGCUUCUAAUCAUCAAACGCAAUCGACUUCCACUUCUGCGAACCAUUGAGUUUCAUCAGAUUAACUUCACGAGAAAUGUAAUGGUAUUAAUGGCGGGUGGGAACACCUUUGGGGUCAUGAUGGGUUGGGGAGUUUCAUAGACAGAGCCGAGGUUUGUGAGUAGGGAGUUGCCUGAAUUCGUUUUGUUUCCGAGCCGUUGAAGUCAUUCUGGUCACAUGUCGUUUCGAGGGAUAUAGAUAGAGAUUGCAUGUUUGCUAGUAAAGAAUGAUCUGCGUUUACCAUACUAAUCCGAUACCCAACUCUUACCAUGAUACAAUUGUCAAGUGAUGUGACAAGAAAUCCCCGAUGCAUCCAUAG